UUCAAAACUCCUAUAAAUAUCCAUUCUUACUUCACUCACAAUACUCAAAAUCAUCAUUUACAAUUUACAAUAUAUAUUCACUAAAAUGGCCAAGAAUGUGAGUUUAGAUUCAAUGGACCAAAAAGCCAUUGCUAAACGUUAUGCUCAUGAAGGAGCAAAAGCAGGAGCAAAAGCAGCAGUUGUUGCAACAGUUGCUACUGCCAUUCCUACUUAUGCUUGUGGGAAGAUGUCACCAUGGGCAAGAGCAAAUCUCAAUCCAACUGCUAAAGCACUCAUUGUCUCCACAGCUGCUGGGAUGGCAUACUUUAUUGUAGCAGACAAGACUAUUCUGAAAAGGGCAAGGCAGAACUCCUUCAAACAAGGCUAAUAUAAUCAAGGCUCUUUUAGCUCUAAGUUUUAUUAUGAUAAGCUAAAUUAAUUACUGUUUUAAGUACAAUCAGUAGGAUAAGUAGGUGGAGUACUCACAUGAUGAGGUAAAUAAUUGGUAGAAUUUAAACCUCUGAGAAUGUGAUUUUGUUUAUGUAACAGCACCAUCUACAUCUACUGAUGUAAAUAUAAUAAAAGUUUGCUUUUUGUCUAGCAUUAA